GGGAGAGCUCACUGUGCUGAAGCAGAACAGACAAAUCCAAGGCAACGCUAAGAGCAGUAACCACAGCAAGAACUACCAACUCUCAACUCUGAAAAUGCUGAGCCUACAUGGAUUCCAGCCCUCCCUCAGCCCCUAUGUGGACUUCUACUGGCCCGUCCGCAGUCUCUGGCCACAGGUCCGACCUCUGGACACUCACAGAGAUCUCAUGCUGAGAAACAUGGAGGAUAUGAACAGCAGUUUGGAGCUCCUGCAGAAUCUUCAGCAGCAGAUCUUCCAGGAGAUUGACCAAAUCCCAGUUUCAGGGGAGGUUCAUCCAGUUCCUUGCAAUCUAGAGAAGAAGGGAGAUGGUUUUGCUCUAACACUGGACACUAAAGACUUUUCUCCUGAAGAGCUCUCAGUCAAGCAGGUGGGCAACAAGCUACAAGUGAGCGGCAAAUCUGAGAAGAAGCAUGACGAUGGAAAAGGCUCCUACUCCUACAGGGUCCAGGCGUUCAGGAGGGAGUUUGAUCUCCCAGACGGGGUGAAUCCUGAGGCGGUGACCUGCAGUCUGUCUGAUGGAAAGCUUCACAUUGAAGCAGCAGGAAAACAGACUCCUGCCAUCUCAGAGAGGGUAGUGCCCAUCGACUGCAAGACAGCAGAAUCGACACAAGAGUCUGAGAAGAUGACGGAAGAGGACAACACCACACACAUAGAAAAGAUCCAACAGUGAACACAAUGUUGAAAAUAGACUCUAUAUUCUUUUUUUAUUGUUAAAAAAAAUGUACUUUUUUAAACUCAUUAAGUUACUUAUUGUGAUUCUAUUACACCAAAUGUAAGGAUUGUUUUUAUAAGUGGAAAAGAAGACUAUAUUCCUUCUUGAUUAAAAAAGCUGGACUCUUAAAA